ACAACUUUUCUUGUCUUAUAUGUACCCUUAUGUUUUAUUGUCUAAGAAUCAAAGUCCCAAACAGAAAAGCUACAAGACUUAAGGGUUUUCUCUCAAAUGUCGUCUCAACUUGAACCGGUCGCUGAGCUCGAAAGCUUAAAAACACAUGUUGAUCAUUCAGGAAGUCCUAGCUUGUCAAGAAGUGGCCAUCGCCACGAAUCUGGCGAAGCGUCAAAAUUGUCACCAAGAAAGGAAGAUGAGCUUCAGGGAGAACAUUCCCACCAUAAGAAAUCACUGUUCACCAAAAUGAAGGAUAAGGCAAAAAAGCUGCAGCACAGCCUGAGCGGCAAAAUCAGACAUGAUGAAGAAGGUGAUGCAACCAUGUCGCCAUUUAGCAGAUCCUCAGACCACCAAGUUAGAGAAGCCGGAGGUUAUGCGACGCUUUCGCCACGUGACAAGUCCAAUGAUCGUAAUAAAGUCAGAGAAGAAGUAGAUCCUGAAUAUCUUGGAGCCCCGAUGUAUGAAUCAAAUAAAGCACCAGAAGAGUUAAAGGAAACUGCGAGGCAGCAUCCCCGGGAAACUCCUGUGACCACUGAGACAAAUCUCUUGUCCCUUCUCCCAUCCAAAUACAACGUGGAACAAGAACAGAAAGAUUGUACUGGUUCCAGCAAGGAGAAACCUAAGAUCUCUGAGAAGAAUGUUCUGUCUGAUGUUAAGCAAGAGAAUCUUGCUGAUUCAAUUAGUCCAAGCAAGACAGUAACAGAAACCGUAACAGAGACGUUAGCACCUGCUUAUGCUAAAGUGUCUGAUGCCACUCACGCUAUAACUAAGAAGAUUCAAGACAUGGCUUUUCCGGAAUCAACAGACGCAGAACCAGCGGUAAAUGAUGUUUCAGAAAUCAACACUGCAGGAACUAACACUAAGAAAUGUGGCAAUCAGCUUGGAGCCACAAACAUGGUACCUUCUCCUAAUUCAGGAGGAGACAACAAAGCUCCCCUUUUAGCUAACGUGAAUGAAAUUGUUGAGGAAGAAAAUCAUGGGAAGAUACUUCAACCAAACUAAAGAACAGAACAGAGAGAAUUUCUUUAGCCUGUGUAUCGAUUACAAAAGCCUCUAUGUGAGAAAAAAACUUUCUACUUCAGUCCUCCGUUUCCUCUAUUAAUUGUUUUAACUUAUUAUAGCCCAAGUCUAUUGAAUACAUAAAAGACUUUGUAUUUUAUAUUGUUUCCGUCGUUCUUGUAGUUGACUUGUGUAGUAAAAAGAAAAUAUUGUAUCUUCAGAAAAAAUAUAUUUUAAUAUUGAAUUCAUCCAGGGGAUUAAACAGAUGAGCAUGUUCAACGU